AAGCAGAAGACAGGAUAUGACAGGAACCAAACGUGAACCAUUCUUUGACUUCCGGUUCAAAGUAGAUAUUAAACGCUACCUACACGUCAAUCUUUAUUUAAAGGCAAUUUAGACUUAACAAUGUUAGGUUACAUUGUUUGAUUAAUCGUUUUUUUUUUAUUUCUGUGUAACAUUUAUAACUGAGGCAUUCCAGACAAUUACAGUGGCAGGAAGUUGUCCAAGGAUCUAGAAUAACCAGCAGACGCAGCACAUUCCACACAAGCAGCAAGAUGCCACUCAGCCUAAAAUGCUUUUUUAUAAAGACAUGACGCCAUGAAGGGAACAUGUUGACUUAGUUAUUACUAGAGCAGAUCAAUCCAGAGGCUCGCUCGUCUUGAGGCCAUGUCACAUUUUACAACGAUCCAUGGCUCCAAUGCACGAGACAACUUCUUUAUCGUAGUGGAAGCCUCGGUUGGAUUUUUGGCCGUCCUGGGCAACGGCUUGGUGGUGGCGGCGAUAUGGACGACGCCCAGGCUCCACAAUAUCACCACCAUUUUCAUCUGUAACCUUGCAGCUGCGGAUGUGGCGGUGGGGUUGUUGGUAACUCCGUGCACGAUCCUGUCCUUCAAGGGUCUGCCCAGAGACUUCUACGGUUGUGUCUUCAUUCAAUGCGUGCUGCUCGUGUUCACAAACAUUUCCGUGUUCAUGCUUCUGGCCGUAGCCAUCGAGCGGGUCUACGUUCUGAAAUCACCUUUCAUGCAGAAGUUCGUUUCUUUCCGUCGGGCCGUCCAGAUCAACAUGGGUGUCUGGGUGCUGGGCGGGGUCCUAGGCAUGAUACCUAUGUACGGAUGGAAUGCCGGCUAUAAGGAAAUCAAUGAAUGCCAUUACGACCACAUCAUGUCCCCGGAGCAUAUGGUCUACUUUCAAUUCUUCGGUCUUGUACUCUUCCCGCUAGUCCUGAUGCUCUGCAUAUACGUCUACAUUUACAUAGAGGUGCACAGGCAUAUCAGGCAAAACAUGCUCUUCGACGUGCUCCUGCAAUGCGCGCGCCCCAUUGAUGAUCGGUUCAACCGUGAAGUCAACGCCGCCAAGACAAUAGCCUUGGUGAUCAUCAGCUUCGCCGUCUUCCUCCUGCCCAUCAACAUAAUCAACUGCUACGAGUACUUCUGCACCAAGCGCUGCUUGGUCCAAGAAAACCUGACCCUGACCGCCACGGUGAUGAGCCACGCGAACUCUUGCAUCAACCCGUGCAUCUACGCCUACAGCAACAAGACAAUACUCAAGGCCAUAAGGGACAUGUUCGUGGAGAAGAAAAUACAACCUAAGGUGCAGGUCGGGAGUGAAUUGCGGGCCAACUCUUCCAGCAAAGGCGUCUUCGACUUGGAACUGUUUGCGAGCCCAGAGGACCACAGGGAAACGUUCGAGAAAACACUUCCAGUCCGGAAUUCCGUCCGGAAAUCCAAAGUUACAGUGUAGCCAAGACAAGGGAGAUGACUUUGUUUUUUGUGACACAAACAUUACUGCAACGCAACUGCAUUUCAAUAUCAAAUUUCAUAAUUAAAAGAUGACGUGAAAUGUCGACUUCUAGAAAGAAUCAAAGUGCGGUUGUUUUUUAUUUCAAGUCCCUCCCCUCCACUGACACACAAAGAAUCACACACUGACAGACAAUAGUUAAAAAAAAAUCAUUGCACAUUAAGAUAAAAAAAAAAUGCAUGGUAAAACGUACUUUAGACCAAUGAGGAAAACAGACAUUAUAAGAAUAAACCACUAAUCCAGUUAGCUAGCAACGUUCCGUCCAGUAUUUCUACAAGCUUAUAUCAACUCACUCUGGUAAACGUUUGAACACGUUCUCUCUCCAACAAUCUCGGAUCAAGCUGAAAUUUUGCACAUUAUUUCUUUUCCCUGACUGGACAAGAAUCAAUAAAGAAAAAUUAACCAAUGACUUUAUUA